UGACAUCAUAUGUGUGGGAUUCCCACUAAGGUGACAUUAAGAUGCAUAAAGCCCACCACCAUAUUGGCAAAUUACUGCUAGACUAAUAAACAAAGACCUAUACCUAAAAUCGAAACAUUUCAGCUUUCCAUUGGCCUCUAUUCCAUGUUGCUUGGUCAGGAGUUUUAACAAUAGGAGGCACAUAUCCUAUAGGUUUGGGCAGGUAUAAAUGCAAGGGUUAAACUGUGCAGUGUGUCAGUGUACCAGUACAAACACAGCUAUUACCACCACCAUGGGCAGGAUCAUCUUCUACGAGGACAGGAACUUUCAGGGUCGCUCUUAUGAGUGUAUGAGCGACUGUGCUGACAUGACCUCCUACCUGAGCCGCUGUCACUCAUGCAGAAUCGAGAAUGGAUGCUUCAUGAUGUACGACCGUCCCAACUACAUGGGAAACCAGUAUUUUUUUAAGAGGGGCGAGUACGCCGAUUACAUGUCUAUGUUCGGAAUGAGUGACUGCAUCAAAUCCUGCCGUAUGAUCCCCAUGCACAGAGGGUCCUACAGAAUGAGGAUCUAUGAGAGGGAGAACUUCAUGGGUCAGAUGUACGAGAUGAUGGACGACUGUGACAACAUCAUGGACCGCUACCGCAUGUCUCAGUGUCAGUCCUGUCAUGUGAUGGACGGUCACUGGCUUAUGUAUGAGCAGCCUCACUACAGAGGCAGGAUGUGGUACCUCAGGCCUGGAGAGUACAGGAACUUCAGCAAUUUUGGUGGCAUGAGAUUCAUGAGCAUGAGGCGUAUCAUGGAUUCCUGGUAUUAG